UGUUGGUAGUCAACAAACGAAGCAAAGAUGGCGACAGGAGGAGAAGGAAGUUCCCUCUUUCAUUCAGUUUUGCAUCAUAAUAGCAAGUCUGUUAAUGUUUUUAUUACACCUAAGACCUUCUAUUGGUGUUCAGAAGGUUCUGAAGAACAUCCUUACGGAAAUGUUCCACCCAGACACUCAAUCCCUCUGACAGAAAUAUUUGCUGUUUCACCAAACAAACAAGUCACCUCUCAAAAUGAGGAUGGAGAUAUCGAGAUGUCUAUGCUGAAGAGCACAUCAUUUAUCAUUCAUGCAAUUAAGAGAAUGAAGCAUCAUAAAUGGAAGACAAAAAGACUGCUCUUUGAUUGUCAGUUGAGCUCCGAAUGCUAUGAAUGGAUUCAAAGAAUACAAGAGUUACUGGAUGGUAUGCAACGUCCAAGGAGGCUUCUAAUUUUUAUCAAUCCAGUUGGUGGGAAAAAACUUGCUGGGAAAAUCUACAAAGAAAAAGUACAACCACUGUUUGAUCUUGCAAAUAUUAAAACUGAAAUUAUAGUUACUGAAAGAGCUAAUCAUGCAAAAGACUAUCUGGAGUUGGAGUCCCUUGAUAAGUUAGAUGGAAUCAUCACUGUAGGAGGAGAUGGGAUGUUCCAUGAGAUACUCAAUGGCUUAAUAAGAAGAACCCAAACAGACAAUAAUGUUGACACAACCAAACCAGAUUUCGAACCAGUCCAACCAUCAUUAACAGUUGGUGUUAUACCAGCAGGCUCCACAGAUGCAAUAGCAUACUGUACCAAUGGUAUUAAUGACCCAGUAACGUCAGCACUUCAUAUAAUAAUUGGCGAUGUUCACCCUCUGGAUGUCUGCUCUGUCAAACACAAGACAGAAGUUCAAAGGUAUUCCGUUUCCAUGGCAGCGUAUGGUUUCUUUGGAGAUGUACUGCAGGACAGUGAAAAGCUCCGCUGGAUGGGACCAAAGCGUUAUGACUACUCUGGGUUCAAAAAGUUCUUCAUAAACAAGGGCUACGAUGGUAGCGUUAGUUUCCUUCAAGAUGACAGUCUAGAGGCACAUCCCUUAGACAAAAGCCGCUGUAGGACAGGGUGUUAUAUAUGUAACCCGGUGAAUAAGGAUCCGUUUCUUCAGGAAACACCUGACGAAACCGAUAAACAAACAGAAAGUGACUCAUCAAGUCUUCAAUGGAAAACAAUCGAUGGCCGGUUCAUCAGUGUCAUUGGAGUCAACAUGUCAUGCGCAUGCGCCAAAAGUCCCGAAGGCCUGUCCCCUAGUGCUCACCUCGCCGAUGGAUAUAUGGAUUUGAUCCUGGUCAAACAUACAUCUAGACUGCAGUACUUGAGGCACAUGUUGAGUCUUGCUAACAGAUCAAAUCAUUUUAAUUUUAAUUUCGUGGAAGUGUUUCGCGUCAAGGAGUUUCACUUCAAGCCUUCACAAUCCGCCGAACCCAACGAUGAUGAGACGGACGAAGCUGCCAUUCCAGCAAGAGAUAACGACCAGGAAAUCCUAGCAGGUCCCGCCAAAAAAUCACGAGGAAAUGCUUCAAAAAGCACGUGGAAUGUUGAUGGUGAACCUGUGGAGGAGCCUGGUGUUCACGUCAGAGUUCACUGCCAGCUGAUCAAAAUAUUCGCACGAGGAAUAGAAGAAUGUAGUGACACCCCGUCAUGCGCACUGUGCUACAGAAGAUGACGUCAGCAGAGCGCCAUCAGUUCCUAAUAUAUUACCUUAUAUCUCCUUAAUUCACGGAGAAAACCAGAAUUUGACAUCGUAAUUGGACUUUAUUUAAUUAAUUUAACGUUAUCGAAAAGAAGAUAAAAAAAUUGACAUAUUAUUUGUGGUGUUUUGAUUUAUUAAAGUAUUUUGGUGAGUUGUGUGUGACGUCACAAUCGCCAUAUGGAUGAUUCUUAAAAGUGAAAUUUAAUGUCUGCCUAUGUUCGAGUUUUUGACGCAAAAAUUCCUCCAACGGAAGUGAUCAGAAAAAAAAAAACUCAUAAGUAAUGAGUUCUGUGCAGACUAUAUAUAUAAUCGCAUGAACUGCCAGCUAGUGAAUCAUUCUAAAAUGCUACAUUUUUAAAGAAAGACAUUGAUUUGC